CUCCGGCGGUCAGAAGAGCGGCCCCGCGGCGGUGGUGGGAGCUGGUGGAGGUUGGCACCGUGGCCACCCCUGGCACCCCUGGCACCCCGCGGUGUAUUUUCGUGUGGCAUGCCACAUGGGUUUGACAACCAGGCGGCAGACAGUCACCAGACGACACCAGUGUCGCGCUCUCUGCGCUCCCACCAUACCUUUCUCCACAUCUCCACCAACGGUGACAAAUAUCGGUGAAUAUCGGUGACUAGGAAAGGUCAAACUCGACUCUUCAAAGCCACUGUUAAUCCAGGUGGUGUUGUACAGAGGUGCUUCUCCUGCAGGCCAUGGCAGGGGGCGGGGCGUGCGGGGAGUGCGGGUCGGAGGCCAGCCUGCGGUGUGGGGGCUGCAGCGCCGUGCACUACUGCAGCAGGGAGCACCAACGGAAGCACUGGGUCAUCCACAAGGAUGAGUGCUGGCCAGUCACGCAGGCUCGCGACCCACAGUGCGGCAGGUACUUGGUAGCAACACGCGACCUGAAGGAGGGACAGCUGGUGCUGCGAGAGAAGCCGCUGGUGCUGGGCCCUGUGGCGGAGUCGCCGCCGGUGUGUCUAGGAUGCCACGCACCCAUCACCGCCGAGGACCACCCUCGCUGCCAGGGGUGUUCCUGGCCCCUGUGCUCCCCUGCCUGCGCAACCACCGCCCGCCACCAGGCCGAGUGCGCAGCGCUGGCCACAGACACCAAGAAGAUCGCUCCGCCAACCAGCAUGAUCAGGACGCCUCGCUACGACGUCAUCCUCGUACUUCGAUGUUUGCUACUUCGCUCCCUAGACCCAACGAGCUGGGAGAAAAUUAAGCGCAUGGACAGUCACUCGGAAAGUCGCAAGGAGAGUAAGGAGGAGACUCACAUCAUCGCCAUCAAGUACUUCAGUGAAGUUCUUCAAGUUGACUGUGACGCCGAGACCGCCAGCCACGUCCACGGAGCCAUCAUAACAAACGCCAUCAACACCUACGGGGCUAGUGGGGACAGCCUACGAGGAUUGUACCCGACUCUCUAUCUCAUGAAUCACUCCUGUCUGCCUAAUGUCACCCUACGCUCAGAUCUCAACCGGACACUCUUCGUGCGAGCCGCUGUGCCCAUCAAGAAAGGUCAACCUUUGUUAUUCAGCUACUUGCCCCCGACUGACCCCGUCUGGCGCCGCCAAGCAGAUCUAUAUAGUAUUUACUUCUUUAAAUGCGCAUGCGAGCGCUGUCGAGACCCCACAGAGCUGGGCACCUAUUUUUCUAACCCGCGAUGUUCCGCGUGUGCUGAAGGGUUCCUAGAGCCUAGCGGAGGCUCCGGAGCGCCAUGGUCGUGCCCCGGGUGUGGAGCACAGCGUCCGGAAGAUGAUGUCGUCAAGGAAGCUGAAGACUUCGUCCAAGAUAUCGAUAACAAGUUCACGUCAUUCACCGACGUCUGCAAGCACCUAGCCAGGAUCGAGAACACCUUUCACAAUAAUCACUUUGUGUGGCUGACGGCGGCUAAAGCAGCAAUGUCCAUACUGUCGAAGGAAACUACGACACAGUCCCUGUGCCUCCGCCGAGACCUGUGGCGGCGUCUCAUUCACCUGUACCAGCGGCUGGAACCCGGGUCCACCAGGAGACGAGGAGUGUCAUUGUUCAACUCUGCGGUCGUGGAGAGAGACGCAGCGCUCCUCCACCUGUCGUCAUCGGGAGGCAAACGAUCGGCCGAGUUCGAGGAGGGUCUGAACCGCGCGGUCAACAUGCUCGAUGCCGCCAUCCCCAUUCUCGAACUGGAGCCUCCGGAUUCGGCAGAGCUGCGAUGGCUCCUCAACGCCAGGGCCGAGAAGGAGGUCAUCUAUGACCUCAUUUCAGGCGGGAAACCCGUGGAAUAUCAGUGAAAGGAAUAAACUCCAAAAUGAAGAUUGAUAUUUUCUAUUGCUAGAACUCCUCACACCUUUCAUCCUUGUUUGAAGCCGUACGGAAACGGCUUCAAACAAGGAUGAAAGUUUCCUUUCAUCCUUGUUUGACACCAUGUACACACACGUGCAUCUAGUGACAGAUACUGCUCAUGUAAAGUUGUUUGCGUUAAUAAAGUUUUCACAAAUAUU